AUGACUCAAGUACCUUUUCUUGCAGAUAAGACUGAUUUUUCAGACACAGAAUUUUACAAAGGAUUUGCACAAUAUGGAUUUAAUGUUGUUAUGAGUAGAAGACUGGCCAUCCAAAGAGAGGUGCCAGAUUCCAGGGAUAAAAUAUGUCAUAAGAAACACUAUUCGUUCAACCUACCCACUGCCAGCAUCAUCAUAUGCUUUCAUAAUGAAGAAUUUAAUACCUUGCUGAGAACAGCGUCCAGUGUUAUAAACCUCACUCUACAUCAUUUCCUUGAAGAAAUCAUUUUGGUUGAUGACAUGAGUGAUAUUGAUGAUUUGAGAGAAAAAUUGGACUAUCAGUUGGAACUUUUUUGUGAAAGGAUUAAAUUAAUAAGAAACAAAAAGAGAGAGGGUCUCAUUAGAUCAAGGAUGAUCAGUGCCUCCCGUGCUUCAGGUGACAUCCUGGUGUUCUUGGAUAGCCACUGUGAGAUGAAUAGAGUCUGGCUGGAGCUGGUAGUGCACCCUUUGAUUGAUGGCAUUGAUGACGUAACACUGGAUUACACAGCGGCACCUCUUGUCAGGGGAGCUUUUGACUGGAACCUGAUUUUUAGAUGGGACAAUGUUUUCUCAUAUGAGCUGGAAGGCCCAGAGGGACCAAGUAAACUCACCGUUGUGUUUGGUUCUACUCCAGGACUCUGGACUAUCCAGUUUCUGAUGCCCGGCCUUCUGGGCAGUAUGGGGCAUGGGUUCCCUCUCAUGGUUUCGGCUUCCAAGUUAAAGCAGAUAUUAGCUGGCUACUCCCACAAGAUUCACCCACAGCCUGAAGACCUCCAGGCUCAUGCAUCCAAUUGCACCUGCUGCCUGCUUGACCCCCGCUGUGAUGCUGAAUGCAUACCUCCUGUGAAACCAGGACUUCUUAUCUCUGUGGACAGCAACUCCAUCUGCUGUGUGGAAACCCCUAGUAUCGACCUAGAUUCCUGUCAUCUUCACAUAUUCUUGUCCUGUUCAUCUGUUAGGUUCAUCUUCAAGCUAAACCAGUAA